AUGGCCUCUGGAGGGGGUUCCAAUGAUGGAUGGUGGAGCGACGAGGACUGGCGAAAAUGGCGUGAGGAUAAUAAGUGGGCCUCUGCUGGCGGAAAGCAGGGAGCGGAUGCGGAGAAGAAGCUUUCUCUGAAGCAAGAGAGAAUCAAGGAAAAGGACAACUUCGUGCAGAAGCAGCUCGCAGAUGCAGCAGCACUGCUGCAAAGGUCAAGUGGCCAGUCUUCGUCCUCGUCCAGUUCCAGUGCUGCUCUCAAGUUUGAGAUGCCGUCGGAGUGGUCGGUGACUAUAUUCAAUGCGGACGAAAGAGACAAGAACGAGAAAAGGAAGCAGCAGUCCUUCGCAGACCUCGGACGGUUGUGCAACAAUCGUCUGAAGAGCAUGUACCAAGUCUGGCAAUCCGAAGCUACUGCUUUGAGGCUUCAAGGAGGCUUGGGCCACCAGGCAGCGGUGACUCUUCUGAGUCAAGAGAAGCUGGACACUCGGCAGAAGACGGACGAGCAGGAGGCCAAGAUAGAGGCCCUGGAGUCCGAGCUGAGGAAGCUUCGCAAUGAGAUGAAGGAGAAGGACAUGAAGCUUCUGGCCACCGAGAAGGUGAAAGACAACCACAAGAAGGAAUGUGAUGAAAAGGUCAGUGCUAUGUCCGAGGAGUGUGCACAGAAGCUUCUGGCAAAAGAUGAGAAGGUCAGUGCUAUGUCGGACGAGUGUGCAAAGAAGCUUCUGGAAUGUGAAAAUAAGGUCAGUGCUAUGUCCGACGAGUGUGCGCUGAAGCUUGUGGCCAUGGAGAAGCAGAAAGAGGAUCACACGAAGGAGUGUGACAAGAAGCUCAGGGAGAACUCCGAGGAGUGGCAGCGGAAGAUGGACUUCCGUGUCGCGGAAGUCGACAAAAGGCAUACCGCCAUGCGACUACGUGCAGCACACACCUUCGGUAAGUGGAAAGAACGCUGCUCGAAUCUGGAGACCAGACUUCGGAAGAAGAAGGAUCUUCUACUGAAGAACAAGCUCGAGAUUGCCCUUUCCAAGGACUGGCAGAAGCUUCAAAGCUGA